GUGGAAUAAUGUAAUGAAUUAAAGAGGUGGAGCAGUAAACGAAGACUUCACUCGCGGGUUUUGUCCUUUUGGUUCAUGGAAAGGCAUGUAUAUUACUAUACAGAGGGUUUUGGCUCUCUUGAAAUCGCGCACUGAAUCGAGAUGGAGUUUCAGGCCAUCUCUGAAACUGGAAGCCAAGGUUUUGCACCAAAAAAUUGUCACUUUGGGCUUGCAAAGGAGCAUCCCUCUAUCCAAGGGCCUUAUAGACUUGUAUAUUUCUUGCCAAGAUUUCCAAUCCGCCAAGCUGGUUUUCCAGAAUCUGGAGAACCCUCUUGACAUCACUCUAUGGAAUGGCCUCAUGGCGGCAUAUACAGGCAACUCUGUGUUCAACGAAGCUCUUGAGCUCUUCCAGAAGCUGCUGCUCUUGUCCCCUUAUCUCAAGCCCGAUGGUUACACGUAUCCCAGUGUUCUCAAGGCCUGUAGCGGGUUAGGAGGCCGGCUGGAGUACGGUAGAACAGUGCACGCCAGUGUGGUCAAGACUGGGUUUGUGUCUGAUGUGGUUGUUGCGAGCUCUGUGGUGGGAAUGUAUGGGAGAGGUGGUGAUUUUGAAUCAGCUGCUCAGAUGUUUGAUGAAAUGCCUGUGAGAGAUGUGGCUUGCUGGAACACUCUUAUUUCUUCCUAUUAUCAGAGGGGAGAAUGCGCCAAGACCUUGGAGUUGUUUGGGAAGAUGAAGGAGUCUGGGUACAUGCCAAAUUCUGUGUCUUACACUGCUGCUAUAUCUUCUUGUGCAAGGCUGUUGGAUUUGUAUAGAGGGGAGAGGAUCUAUGAGGAGCUGGUGAGAAAUGGGAUUGUUCUGGAUGGUUUUCUUUGUGCUGCUCUUGUGGACAUGUAUGGGAAAUGUGGCCAAAUAGAGAAAGCAAAGGAGGUCUUCGAUCGUAUCCCAUACAAGAGCUUGGUUAAUUGGAAUGCCAUGAUUGCCGGCUACAGUUUGAGAGGUGACAGCAAAUCAUGCAUGGAGCUUCUGUUGAGGAUGAAUGAGGAAGACAUGCAGCCUUCUUUGACAACCUUAAGCAGCCUGCUAAUGGCUUGUUCUAGAUCAGCCCAAUUGCAGCAUGGGAAAUUUGUCCAUGCUUAUAUUAUCAGACGUGGAAUAGAACCUGAUAUGUUUGUUCACUGCUCGCUUGUUGAUUUAUACUUCAAAUGUGGAAGGGUUGAGUAUGCCAAAAGAAUCUUUAGUACAACUCCAAAAGGGGAUGUAACAGCCUGGAAUACAAUGAUCUCUGGAUUAGUAUCAGCUGGCAAUUACUUGGAAGCUCUUGACAUCUAUAGUGAUAUGAAGAUGGAAGGCAUAAAGUAUAAUGCUAUUACAUUUACUAGUAUAUUAGUGGCUUGCUCACAGUUAGCAGCCUUAGAACAGGGGAAAGAAGUUCACAAGAGAAUUAUUGAGAGUAAGUUGGAUUCAAGUGAAAUAGUCAUGGGAGCGCUACUUGAUAUGUAUGCCAAAUGUGGUGCUGUUAGUGAAGCUUAUGAGGUGUUCCACCAGCUUCCUGAAAGAGAUAUCGUAUCCUGGACUUCAAUGAUAGUGGCUUAUGGGUCACAUGGCCAAGCUUCAGAAGCUUUACGUCUCUUCCAUGAAAUGCUUCAGUCUAAUGUUAAACCGGACAAAGUUACAUUCCUUGCAGUAAUUUCAGCGUGUAGCCAUGCAGGAUUACUUGAUGAGGGUUGUCAUUAUUUUAAUUUAAUGGUUACUGAUUAUGGAAUCAAACCUAGCAUCGAAGACUACUCAUGUCUCCUAGAUCUUCUAGGACGCGCUGGGAGAUUGAAUGAAGCCUAUGCAAUUCUUCAGAGAUCCCCUUAUAUGAGAGAGGACGUUUCAUUGUUAAGCACACUAUUUUCUGCUUGCCAUAUGCAUAGGGAAGAAGAUAUUGGGGAGGAAGUUGCAAAACUUCUUAUUCAGAAAGGUUCUGAUGAUCCAUCAACUUAUGUCAUUCUGGCAAACAUGUUUGCCACUAGAAAGAAAUGGAAUAAAGCGUUGGAUAUAAGAAUGAAGAUGAAAGAACUUGGAUUGAGAAAGAACCCCGGAUGCAGCUGGAUUGAAGUUGAUAAGAGAAUACAUACCUUCCUUGCUGAGGACCAAUCAUUUCCAGAGGCAGAAACAGUAUACGAGUGUCUAAACAAAAUAAACUACCAUAUUCACAAAUAUGAAAUGCUUGAUGUAAUGUGACUGAGGUGGAAUGACCCUUUAGAAAUAGUGAGUCCUUAAAAAACUUAACAUAGUUCUUCAUUUGAUGACUAGUUCAAUGGCAUCAUUACACAUCAAUCACAGAACUAAUUGACCCAGCAAGGUAUUUUCAAACUCAGAGUAAACAAGGGUAUGGCAACACCCGUGUUGCAAAUGCCUGUUUCUGGCCAUAUCAUCAAGAUGUUGCAAUUUCAUUCGAUAGAGCAACUUGACUUGCCUGAUAUCUGUUGCAGGUAAUCUUGAAAGACUUCAAACUUUUGUCUUUAAAUGUAGGCUGAAACAAACUGAAAGUUUUGGGUGAUUGAUUAUUUGUAAAUGUAUAUUUCCUGUUUUUCCUCAUACACUUUCGGUCCUUCUAGUCCUGUUGCUGCUCCUUGUCUCAACAAUUUAAUUUCCCAUCUUAUUGUCAA